AUGGAUUUUCAACGAGCCGGUGGAUGCCGUGAAACUCGGACUCCACAAUUACCAUCAGGUUAUGAAGAGACCUAUGAAUCUUGUAGUUACAAGAUUAUCAAGAAGAAAGUGAAUCGGGAAGAGUACACUUCUCCUUUGGAUUUUGCUCAAGACGUUCGUUUCAUCUUUUCUAACGCCAUGACUUACAAUCCACAAGGACAUUUUGUUUUUGCAAUGGCCGAGCAGCUGAGAGACAUAUUUGAAGAGAAGUGGAAGGUUGUAUCGAAGAAGAUUGAGGAGAAUGAGCACAAGUCAAGAGUGCGAUCUUGCCAAGAUCUCUUGACGCUGAAGCCGCAUGUUGAAGAACCUGUGCAUUUGGAGGAACUAAAAGACAAGAAGUUUUAUGAGAAGGUGGUUGACGUUCAAGCAGUGGCAAAGAUGCGUAUUACCAAACGACGGUUGACUGCUUUGUUGGCCGGAAGAAGCACAAGGGGCGAACGUCAAAAAACUAUGAAAGACUUGACAAGUAUUUUAUCGAAUCUGCCGAGAAAUCUACAUAGGAACGGCGGAGCAAGAGUUUUGGGAGAGACCGAUUAA